UCGAAUUUUGCGCGUCAUUUACCAAAGCAACAAGCGCUUGCUACGCGACGAACGACAGCGUCAAAAAAAAUUACGGCAAUUUUUUUACAGUUCAUUCAAAAGCUCAAACGAAAGCGGAGAUGAGUCUUUCAUUGAAGACGCCUGAUUUUAGCAAAGGGAGAGGCUCGAAAGGCAAGAGGCGGGAGCUCGGUGAAGAACAAAAGCAAGAAAUUAAAGAAGCGUUUGACUUAUUUGAUACGGACAAGGAUCGUGCGAUAGAUUAUCACGAACUGAAGGUUGCGAUGAGAGCUCUUGGAUUUGAUGUGAAGAAAGCAGAUGUUCUGAAAAUCAUGAAGGACUAUGAUAGGGAAGCUUCAGGCAAAAUUACAUUUGAUGACUUCAAUGAAGUCAUGACAGACUGGAUGCUAGAUCGGGAUCCACAAGAAGAAGUGUUCAAGGCAUUCAGAUUGUUUGACGAUGAUGACAGCGGCAAAAUUAGUCUCAGGAAUCUCAGGCGAGUAGCAAGAGAGCUGGGAGAGAAUAUGACAGAUGAGGAGCUUAGAGCCAUGAUUGAUGAGUUUGAUAAAGAUGGAGAUGGAGAAAUAAAUGAGGAAGAAUUUCUUGCCAUCAUGACCGGGGAUACAUAAACACAAGCAUCAGGAAAAAAAUGUACCUGUAUAUUUUGAUGGAAAAUCUGUGAACAUACUCUCCAACAAUGACAUAUUUUUACCAGAAAUAAGCAGACAUGUUGUAAAUUGUACUUUCUUUUGCAAUUUGUACAUUGUUUAUGCUAAUAGCAAUGCAUACCUCUUUCUAUUUUACUAACUUAAAAAUCAAAGGAAAAUCAGAGAUUUGGGUUGAUGUAGCCCAAAAUGUGGUGUUGUCAAAAUUUUGAAUAUGUGAUCUUGGCUGAUUCUAAAGGGAAAGAACUAGACAGAAUAUAUGAAAAUAUUAAGCUUUUGUUUUAUUGCAUUAUUUAUUAUGACAAUACCAUUGUAGAGAUUGUAAUACUUUUUAAUAAAAACUAAACUGUUUCAGUUA